UUUACGUUGUUUCAGAUCUGGACUUUGUACUGUAACAUUCAAUCAUGCCUUCAUUUCCACAAUACCUGACUGCUGAUCAAGAGAAUGAGCUCAGGAGGAUUGCCAAUGCCAUCGUGGCACCAGGGAAGGGAAUACUGGCAGCUGAUGAAUCCACUGGUACAAUGGGUAAGAGGUUUGCCUCCAUUGGGGUAGAGAAUACGGAGGAGAACAGACGGCGAUACAGGGAACUGUUGUUUACAGCGGACCCUGUGGUCGCCCAGAAUAUCAGUGGUGUCAUUCUGUUCCAUGAGACAUUCUACCAGAAAGCAAAGGAUGGCACACCAUUUGUCAAGAUUCUGAAGGACAAAGGCAUGAUUCCUGGCAUCAAGGUCGACAAAGGAGUUGUUCCCCUUGCCGGAACAGAUGGAGAGAGUACAACACAAGGUUUGGAUAGUUUAUCUGAACGCUGUGCACAGUAUAAGAAAGAUGGAGCAGAAUUUGCCAAAUGGAGAUGUGUUCUCAAGAUCGGUUCUCACACCCCUACCUAUCAGGCCAUGUUUGAGAAUGCUAAUGUCCUGGCUCGGUAUGCCAGCAUAUGUCAACAGAAUGGCCUUGUUCCAAUAGUUGAACCAGAGGUCCUUUGUGAUGGAGACCAUGAUUUAGAAACAGCACAAAAAGUAACUGAACAGGUUCUUGCCUUCACCUACAAAGCCCUGGCUGACCACCACGUCUUUCUGGAGGGAACGUUACUGAAACCAAACAUGGUCACUGCGGGUCAGUCCUGUACCAAGAAAUACACACCUGAACAGAACGGCAGAGCCACAGUCAUAGCCCUCAGUAGGGGGGUACCUGCAGCUGUACCGGGGAUCACCUUUUUGUCAGGAGGCCAGUCUGAGGAAGAUUCUACCAUCAAUCUGAAUGCCAUAAAUCUCUGUCAAGGCCCCAAGCCCUGGGCUCUUACCUUCUCAUUCGGGCGAGCUUUACAGGCCUCGGUACUGAAGGCCUGGCAGGGCAAGGAUGAGAACGUGAAGGCUGCACAGCAGCAACUUCUGACCAGAGCUAGGGCCAAUGGACUUGCUGCCAUGGGAAAAUACCAAGGAGGAGAAUCAGGAAAAGCUUCAGGAGAGUCUCUGUUUGUAGCCAACCACUCGUACUAAAGGCCGUUAUAAACAAUAAAAUACUA